UAUACACUGCAAUUAUUUUCUGUAAAUUAAUUCAUUAAAAUACCACCUAAUUGUUUUAUCACUUUUCUUCUUAUUACAAUACUAAAAUAGGUAGAAUAUGUUUUAGAGACAUUUUUAAUGUAAGGACUAUAAUUAUAAAAUUAAUAAUUUGUAUAUUCUAAAAUAAUCAAACGUGAUCUAGUGAGGCUGUGAAAUUGACAUUUAUGGAGAUCUUAUUUGUGUUGCGACAAUGUUUCUGUAAUUUCAAAGUAUUUGACGCCAUUGUACCUUUUUGAAUAAGUAAGGUUUAUAAUUAUAUUUAUAAUACAAACAUGGAAAAUGCAGCAGAUAGUGGUGAAUCUGACCGAAUAUGUUUUCAAACGGAUUUAAAAAUAAUUUUAGAUGGAACGAAGAAGAUGAUGGAGCUAAUGGAAAUAGAAAAAGACAAAAUAACUGAAUUAGAACAAGGUAUUGCAAAAAAUAUUGAUAGUUUGCUAAGUACUCGCAAUUUCAUAAAAAAUUUUAAAGAAUUUAUUAACAAAAACCUUGCUGACAUUGGAAACAGAACUAAUUUUUCAAAUAUAUUUGAAGAAUGUAAAACAAAUAUUAUAUCAUCAGCUCAAAUCCUCUAUAAAAUUGUUAUGGACUUGAACUAUGCUAUAUCUUCAGCAGAAGCUACAAUUAGUGAGUUAGUUGAUAUAGCAAAUGAUAAUGAGCAAGUAUAUAAUUUAGAGGUUCAAUGUUAUAAGCAUAAAGAGAAGCAAUUAGUAACCGAGUUGGAAAAGAUGAAACAAAUUCAUAUUCUAGAUACCAAUGCUAAGGAAGCUCUAGCUAAAGAAAAUAUUUGUUUAAAAUUAGAAUUAGAGCAAUUGAAUCUUGAAGUGGAUUCAUAUGAACAGAAAUUAAUGGAUAUUCCUAGAUUUGCGGAAAAUAACAUUGAGCAAAAUCAAGUACUUGACAAGUUAAUUGAGGAAUGUAACUGGUAUGACAAUGAAAUAUUAGGUCUUACUAGAUCGCUUGAUAGUAUAAUUUCUCAAAAUAAAGAAAAUGAGGUAAAUGUUUCUACAAACAUAGUAAUUUGUAAAACAAAAAUCGAUGAAUUAGAAAAGGAGUUACAGCAUGUAGUAGAAGAACUGAAACAACUGAAAACAAAUGAAAAAAACUCUAAUUAUGAAAUUUCAACAUAUAAGGAUUCCAUAAAAAAUUCUGAAAUCAAUUUGGUAACUUUAUCAAGUAAGUACGAAGAAUUAAAUGAAAUGACAAAGGGAGCACAAGAAAGCUUUGAUGAAGAAAUGUUAUCCUAUAAAGAGACAUUAAGCAAAAAAGAAUAUUUAAUGAAGUGUAACCAAGAAAUUGGGCUUAAAUUGUCUCAAAAAAUAGAAGCAAGAAAAGUUGAAAUUGAACAUUUCAACACAGAAAUAAAUAUGUUUGAGGAUAUUCUUACGGGUUUAGUGGAAAAAGAUAUUUAUAAACAAAUAGAAGUAAAACAAGAUAAUUUACAUGAAUUAAACUUGGAACUUGAGAAAGCAAAGGAUACAUAUAAACAAUGUUUACUUGAAAAACAAGAGUUUUUGCAGGCCAAAAUAAUUGAAAAUGAAAAAGAGAAUAGUAUAUUGUCAAAUUAUACUACCACCGUGGAAACAGAAUUGAAAGAACUACAAGAUAAAAUAAAGCAUUUAAAAGAAGAGAAACCUCAAUGUCAAAAAAUUUUGAGUGAUUUAAAGAGUCAGUAUGAAAAAAAGAGGGUCGGUAAAACAGAAGUACAGCCAAAGAAACGUAGGUGGGAUAGUGAUAGUACUAUAGAUGAUGAAAAUUGGAUUUGUUAAUAAUCAUUCACAAAGUUAAAGGACCUCCUUAAUUUGUUUUUCUUUUGUUCUAAUCAAACUUGUUUUUUUCAAUGUAAGGGAAAUUUCAAAAAUCCAUUAUCUAUCAUGUAAAUGUUAAUUUAUUAAUAAAUCUAUUGGUUUUGUUAUAUAA